CGGGUGGAUGGGCGCGCGGCCGAGCCUUCCAAAACACGCAACCGGCGCGAAAGCCUGAAAGUUCCCCAUCAUGGCCAGUAAGCCGUACAGGCAAGCUCUAUUCGUGAAAGCGGACGGCGGUCCCAUGUACUUCGCGAUGGUGCCCUGCCCGGAACGAAAGGAGAUACGUGAGCUCAUACAAAACGGAGGGGGCGUUCUUUUGCAGCCGGGAAAGAAUCCCGACGCCGUCCACUUGGUUCCCGCUUCCAUCGCAACUACGCAGGGCCCGGAGGACAUGUUCUCCGCCAACUACAUACGCGCUUGCUCUUCCAGCAACAAACUCUUUCCCCUCAAGGAGUUCAAAAUUCCGAGAGCGCCAGAGGUGGUGACAGUCGACGACGGAGACGACUGCAAAGAGCGAAAACUGCGCUCAGUUCGCUCGAGAAGAGAGUACACGCUGGGCGAGCAGAUUGCGAUUGCGAAGUACGUGGCGAAGACACCUAGUGUGCGCGUCCGUGGUAACCAGGUGUACAAAGAAAUGGCUACGGCCGGCGUGGUGCCCGGCGCUCACUCGUGGCAGUCGCUGAAGGAGCAUUACCUAAAGAAAAUACUUCCCUGGAAACACCUCUAUGAGUCUCCCGACGCGAGCAAAGUCUUCGCCAAGAGUAAAGACGCGCCACACGAGACGCAAGACGGGCCUCGCCACCCCUCGCCGAGCCCCACGUCAGGAUAUGGGCCAGUCAUCGUCGAAGACGGUAGCAGCGACGACGAGCAGUUGUCCAAGCGACAAACUGGCGAUGUAAUCGAAGAAAAGUGGGACACAGAAACAGAAGUGGUUCUGGAAACAGAAAGCCAAGGUGACGCCUCGUCUUCUCAGUGCCAGGACAAACCAAUGACGAGCCAACGUUCCCGUGGAGAGAGCAAAACGAAACGCAAGAAGCUUUUGCUGUCGCCUUCUUUUUUUCCCAGCAUUCCCAAGAAAAGCUCGGGUGGGAGCCCCUCUAGCCACAAAAUCGGCAUCCCGGCACUGAGAAAGAAAAGCUGUGACGACACAUCCAUCGAAAGCGGAGUCGUUCCCAAGAAGUCUGUGGAGCCCCCGAGGACACAAAGUGAAACAUCUCAUGGCGAAACAUCUCACACCCAAACGCAAUCCCUGCCUGUUAAACAAGGCGCUGCCAUAGCAGGAGAAGGUACACAAGCCGCCACAGUACCGGGGACCAUUGUGAACCAAAAACGAAGCCUGCGAUCAUCGCCGAGGAAGGGCAGGAAUGCGAAAAAGCGGGAGACACCUGCCGAUUAUCGCGGUGCGGACAAAAAGUACACGAGUGCUAACGUUCACAAUGUACCGCACAGCGAUCUCUCUGAGAAGCUAAGUGUUUUGGAAAAUGUUGGCGAGCAGCAGACCGCUCGAUCACCACUGCAAAAGGAAGCUGGCACCGUAACUCCUUCGAAACAUUCCAGUGGCCCUCCCAGCCCAUCCAAGCAUUUGCAGAGUCAUGACUGCGCUGUCUCGGAAGUUCGUGAAGAGCAGGCAGCCCAUACCAGCAAGCUCAGGUCCUUUCGGUUGCCGGUGAGAAAGAAACGAAGCACCGAAUCCCAAGCAAACCCUAUUAGUUGCUCGAGUGCUCUGCUUGCAUCCGAAUCGAGUGACGACGAAGCAGCAGCGGACAAAUCUCCGCGCAAACGAUCUUCGCGUAGAUGGAGGCCCUUGAGAUUGUCACCAAGAAAACGGCAGCGUGCAACAGCACAGCAGAGUAAUCUCAACGACUCCUUGGGAGAGCUGGCACACACGGAAUCUACUGGCGAUGGCAUCACUACAAUGAAUGCCUCACGUUCUUCGCCAGAGUCUGUUUAUAACACGGCAGAAAGUGAGGGCGCAACCCAGGGCACUAAGCACACGAGGGGAGGUGGGAGAAGUGCACUCUCGCCGCAAAAAGAGCAGCGACAAGUGUCGGAUGUGGCCGCCACGAAAACGCGCAAGCGAUCACUUCGAGCGGUUGCGCUACGUAGAAACGAUGCAACUUCACCUGCUAGCGAAGACCACUGCACGAGGAGCACUCGCUUGGCUGCAAGCCGUGAAAAGGAACAGAAGUCGGUGCAAGGCGUUGUUCGUGAGACAUCAGGUUUUGACAGUGCCGAUGAGGCCCUGCUUACACGGAUUGCAGAACAAGUGUCUGCAGGCCAAGUCACUGCUGCGGAUGACUCUGAUGAUCAGGACGAUGCAACCACAGUUUCGUUUUCGAGCGGUGGCGGGCACUCCGACGAGGAGUCGACUCCGGAGCUCGGAGAGUUAUCCGGGCACGACAGUAUGGACGAGGUGCACCGGGAGCUCUGCAGGCUUCUCGGCGUUAUGAGGGAAGGGAGGAGCCGGCCACCGCACGCACCGUGCUCGCCGCGAUGCCCGUGCCCUCUCACAAACCGGUACGCCCGGGCCGCACGGGCAGCCGUAUCGCUCAGCGCCUUUCUGGCCUUCCACAACAGACCGCUUCCGCCGGAGGGAAUCACCGACCCCACUGUGGCCAUGACACUGGAACUCUUUAUGCGUCACCUCGAACAAGGUGCCGACGAACGUGGCGGCAGUGUUUUGGAGUGAACGGGGCUUUUUUCUCGCUAUCGGCCCGGUGAAAAAGACGCCAUUGUGUGAUGCCGUACUAAUAUGAAAUCUGUACAGGCGAUCUUCAUGACAGUGUGGUACUAAAUGUACCAUGCACUGUAUUGUGUACAUGCAAUGCCAUGAAAUUUGCACUGGUGAUUUUGAUGAUAGCACAUAACUUAAAUGUACAAUGUAUUAUAUCACGUACGUGCCUUCAUUUGUAGAAAGAAAAACAAAAUCUUCCUUUGAGGGCUGGCGGCUACCUCAUUACAUUGAAGUUUUAGCUUUGAUGUUUUUAUUAUUUUUUAUGUUUUUAUUCAUUUAAAGCUUUUACAGCGUUUACUUCUGUGCGAAGGAAACUGGCAAGUCCUUCUUUACGGUGAAGAAAAUAAACUUUGUUUUUUUUAGGGAAACAAAACCUACAGACAUUGGGUUGGAAAUGUGUACCACAUACCAGGUGACACACAAGCUACAUCAAACUGCCUAAAGUGUGCUUGUCAACGUUUGAUUGCUCAUUGCAGUGCACACGUCGCAAUCGCAUAAUUUGACGAGAGCAGUAGUGAAGCUGCACCUCAGUUACAGAAACCUUAUGACUAGCACCACUUCGAGGUACGGGACCUUAGAAAGUGCCAAGAAAUAUGUCAUUGGCAUUCCAAUUAAGAUUCCCAGAAAGUGCGCUUGUGACAGUUUGGAAAAAUGUUAAAGGGCCCCUAAACAACCUUUGCAAAUACAAAAAAUGAGCGCUUUCUUCUCUCAGGGCGUUUCCAGUCUAUUCAGC